AUGCUGAAGCAAGUCGGGGAUAAGACAACCCAAACGGAGGGAAACCACGAGGGGAGCCAGGACUCCUCCCCGCCCUCCAGCCAAUCCUCUGGAGAAGACGCGCGGGGGAAAGACUGGUUUGUCGUGGAAAAUAUAAAACUCAGAAAACAAAUAAAAAGUCUCAAGGGGGAAUAUGAAAAGGCCAACAGGAACCUCAGCAUAAGGUGCCAGCUGCUCCAGCACAAGCAGCAAAUCAUCCCCAGCAACAACUUCUACUUGCAGCUGGACAAAAUCCUACGCAGGAGGAGAAAAGGAAGGAAAUACAAAAACAGCGCCACCCAAACGGACAUAACUUUCGUGAGUCCCUUCUUCGCCAACUGGGAGAGUUAUUUCGAAGACUCAGCCGUGAACAGGAUUGCCAGCGACGGGGAGGUGGAAGUCCUAAAGAGAAAAAGAAUCACAAAAAGGGUCAGCGAGAUUAGGUACCAGCGAAGCGGCAACCAAAAUGCCCAGCAACCUGCCAGCCAAAGGAACAUCUUCAAAGUGCCCAACCACGUGAUUCACAAAGACAACCUGCUGUAUAGCCUCUACACAGAUAACGAUUUAAUUUUCAUAAGGGAAAUUACGGAGGACCUGAUCCCCAAGGGGGGGGAGAAGGGAGACGCUGGGGGGGUAGACCACAAAGGAAUGGGUAAUCCAUCCCCUGUUGGAGGUUCACAUCAGAGGGAUGCAACGGAAGGGCGGCUGUCCGAAGGGAAAGGUGCAAAAGGUACAUCCAGUUGGGUGGGAAAAAAUCCCCCAGAAGGGGAAAAGCUAGACGACUUGCUUAAGCAUAUCAAUCAGGAAGAACCCCCCCAAGUGGAAAACAACAAAAGCGCUGCUGUCCUCUCUCAGGAUGAGGAAGGAACGAAUGAGGGAACUGUCCGUGAAGGGGGGCAUCCUCCGAAGGGGAGAAGCACACACGACGAAAUGGACGCAGUUAAAAGGGACACUACUUCCGAAGCGGCUUCCACUGGGGCGCUCCUCCCUGAUGAGGAAAACAAACACGGAAGUGCAUUCAGAAGAAGCGGGGGGGCCGAACGAACGGAAGAACAUCCAGCCGAAGCAGACCAAGCCACAGCGAAAAGGGAGAAGUACAUCGACGUUCUUCUAAAACACGAGAGGGGGCUGCCAUCCCCAGAGAGCAGCGGAACGAUGUUAACCCCUCAAGAAGACACCCCACAUGGAGGAGGUCCCCAUUCGAAAGUUUCACCAAAAUGGAGAGCAGUACCCCCAUCCGAGGAACCCAUGCAGAGGGCUAAGUUUGUCUCAUCGAGAAGAAGAAAAAAAGAGGCGUCUACCACCUGGGAGAUGGGCGUUGCCAAGAGGGCUCCCAUCUACUUGGGGGGAGCCACCACCAAACCAGCGUCUACAAGGAACAAUGCAACCGCUCCCCUGUGUGGUAGUAACGUCCCGUCUGCACAGAAAAAUAGGAAAAAGAAAAACAGACGAAGUAAGCAAGUCAGGCUGUGUGAUUCGUCCCCACUGCCUUCUGAAAUGGAGACCCGAAUGGAGCCUUCCAUGUGGAAUAACCCCCUUAGGGGUGAAGCGCAAUGCACUAGUGACACCCCCUGGGUGGGGAAAACCUCCAACCGUUUUGUAAAAUCCGAUGCGGGUUCGUACAGCGGACGAGAGACAUGCCCACCACACGGGCCAGCCCAUAAAAAGGGACUCCUCCCUCCCCUCUGGGAUGCAGAAGAAGAGGGAACGUCGCCACUUCCUACUGAGGGACGUCACCACAGCAUCUCACUUAGCGAUGCGGAAAAGAGUGCCAACGAGAUAAGGAAAAUCUUCCUGGAGCAUAAGAAGAGGGCCUUCCUGUUCUACAUGUGA